AUGGAAUCUGCCAAUCAGAGAGUCUCCUGGGGCGCAAAGCGCUUACCGGCUAGCCGCGAAGGGAAGCUCUCCGCCCAAGGAACAGCUUCGCAGUCGGACGCUCAGCAUGACGGGGUCCCUGAAGCUCAGGUUCCCGUGUCUCCUCCGUCCCAAUCAGUCGGGCCCAACAGGCUUUCCACCCCGGACAAUCCGUUUUCUGCAAAGCCUCAGAGUGCCUUUGCUGUUCGUCCCCACAACCUCAGACAAGGUGCUGCCCGUGGUACUCGAAGCUCUGCCCGGCAGGCUAUCCUUUCCGCCUUCGAAUGGGAGGCUCUAAUUAUCGAGAAAUCUAGAGACUCCGCGCCCGUUGCAACCUCGGCUAAAACCAGGAACAGUCAACCAAGGGCUACUACGACUGCUGCUGCUGCUGCUGCUACAGCUUGGGAUCUAAGCUCACCUUCCAAGAAGAUCAAGAACAUGUCCCGGAAUCGGCCAAGAGGUCCUCCAGUCCCCAGGGACAACGGACUGGCAGCCAAUGAGGAGACUGACAUGUGGAACAAGAUCCUCCAGGACCUGCGCAAGGCGAAGGAGAAGAAUGACAAGCAGAAGGCGCUGGCGGAGCAAAUCGCCGCCUUGAACGAGAAAAUUGGUAAAGAGGGUGGAAAACCUUCGCUCAGCGAGCAUGAUCAGCUUGAUAGUCUCUAUCGACAAAUGUCUAAGCUGUGCGACGAGGAGAGAGCCAUUCUCCAGGAUGAGCCUAGCGAUGUUAUCAAGAACUUGGGUCUCCUGACCGCGCUUCGACAGGCCUCCGAAGCGGAGGCCCCUCAAAAUCGCGCUGCUACAUUUUCCAAGUCGCGGAAGAAGCGAAAUGAAUUGGAUGGGUCAGCAACUGAUUCGCCUGGGCCCUCCACUACUGCCUUGCCAGACAAGGUUGGUCGCACGAAAGGCGGCGUUCAGCGUAGCACCAGUGUUUCCAGCACUCAGGUCCGUGACAGCCGAGACAUCCGCGACAGCGGUGUGUAUGUCAAAGUAGAAGAAGGCACGGAGGGUACCAAGGGUACCCUUGCAGAGCGCAGCGGACACCUGGUGGUUGGGGCGGAGGUUGUCUUCAAACACAACAAGAACAAACAAGGGGUCGAAGGCGAGGGCAUUCAGUGCAUUAUCAAGGCGAUCUCUGGGGAUGGAGUGAAAAAACGGUAUGAUGUGCAGGACCCGGAGCCAAACGAGAAUGGUGAACAGGGAGCUGUUUACAAAACCACUGCCGCCUCUCUGAUCCCCAUUCCCCAGAUAGGGUCAGCCUUGCCCUCAUUUUCUGUAGGGAAACAAGUUUUGGCGAGAUAUCCCGAUACGACCACGUUCUAUCGUGCAGAAGUCAUGGGCUCCAAAAAGGACGUCUACCGCCUCAAGUUCGAGGGCGAAGAAGAUGACAAAGAGAUGGAGGUAGAUCGACGCUUCGUACUUGAUAUACCUGGGAAGUAG